AUGCCCGGCCAGUUCGACGGCAAGGUCAUCGCGGUCACGGGCGGCGCCCAGGGCAUCGGCUUCGAGACCGUCAAACUGCUCGUCUCCCGCGGAGCCAGGGUGUCGAUAGGAGAUCUCGAUGCCGAGGCCCUGAAAGAAGCGGAAAAAUACUUCAACUCCAAUGGCCAGGAAGAGCAGAUUCGCGUUCAGGAGCUCAAUGUCGGCGAUCGCUCGGACGUGGACGCCUGGAUAAAAAAUACCGUGCACUGGGCUGGCAAGCUCGACGGUGCUGCCAAUAUCGCUGGCAUUAAUGGUCCUGAUUCUGGAGAGAACACUAUUGCCGAUACCAGGGACGAGCACUGGCAUUCGGUCGUGCAAGUUAACCUUUCCGGCAUGUUCUACUGCCUGCGCGCACAACUGAAAAACAUGAACGACGGCGGCAGUAUCGUCUGUACCACUAGUGUACAGGGGCUCCUCGGCUUCCCAAUGACGGCAGCCUACUCAACGACCAAGCACGGCAUUGUCGGCUUGGUGAGAAGCGCCGCAAAGGAAGUGGGUGAAAGAAAUAUCAGAGUCAACGCCAUCGCGCCUGGCGCGAUCGACACGCAAAUGGUCGCAGAAGAAGAUCGGAAGAACAUCACAACCCCGAUCAAGCGUCUGGGCAAACCAGAAGAGUGUGCUCGCUUGAUUGUUUUCCUGCUGAGCGACGAAGUCACCUUUGUUACUGGAGCUACAUACUCCAUCGAUGGAGGAUGGGCGUGCUGA